AUGGAGGAUGGUGCGCAAAAGUUCACCCGGCGUCCAAAAGCUCUCCUGAACGGUCCUAGGACUCACCAAGUAGACCAGGUGGGACCCGGAAUCCCUCAGCUGAAUACAAAUGUGGAGGUCCGAUCUCAGUUGUUCCAGUCUUUCAUAGACAGAUACCUGCCCCAGUCGCAAUAUAUUUGCGACAGAACGGGCAAGAAUAUUCUUCAAACCCUUCCAGACCUCUCUGGAAGCAGCUUGCUCCUAGACAAAGCGGUUGUUGCGCUCUCCACGGCAUUUUUAGCAAAACAAAAUCAAGAUAGACGUUUACUGCAGAACAGCACUGAAAUCUACGGGAAUGCUAUUCGGAUGCUAAAUGGUAAGAUAAGCUCGAGGAGAGCUCUCGGGAAAGAUGUCUUGUAUACCACGAUAAUCUUCCAGAUAUACGAAUUAAUAAAUUGCUCCCCGCCUGGGUUUGGGGCGUGGAUUGCCCAUGUUCAAGGCAGUAGUGCGGUCAUCAACCAGUGUUCUGGACAAGAUGAUGAAACCGUUGCAUCCAGGCUCUUUCGUCGUCAACUCAAGUUCGUCACUUUGUGCGAUGCGAUUGGAAAACGCAAAGCGCCCGAUUGGUACAACCCUUCGACCGGGCAGGAUAGCUCGUUGCAAGACACAGAUAGCCCUGAGCCCAUCGAUGAGCUUAUUGAUCGGUUGGCGGACUGUUCCGCUUUGAUGGAACGAGUCGACAGCUUUCUCCAGGAGGGAGCUGAAGGCCACGACCAGAUUCAAAACACUGGGCGAGAACUGUUACUCUCUUGUUUCUCUCUGGAGGAGAAACUUCAUCGAAUCUGUUGCAUGACACAGAAGGAACUCGGAAAACCUUCAGCAUUAGUACCUGCUAAUGUGACUUGUCGAAAGGAUUUUAGAAGCUCUCUCUUCACUGAUGUAUUGCCUAAGCCCUUUCAGUUCCCGUCUCUCACGUGUGCAGAGGCUCAUCUAAUAUAUUGGACCGCAUUAGUAUUGCUCUAUCCUCUAAUCGACCAGUUACUCGAGGUUCUUGAACCAGCAGACCGUGUCUCUCUGGCUAACUGCUACUCAACUUCUGGCGAGGACGCAAAAUCCAGAGUCACGCCGAAUUCUGAAAUAACAACCGAUUUCACUGCCCUUGCCGAACACUAUGCUGACCAGGUCUGUCGCUCUGUUAUCUAUUGUUUACAGCGGGAUUUGAAAACUUUGGGCGCACAGCUACUGCUUGCUCCCUUAAGUCAGAGCGCCCAGUUCUAUAGUGUACAUGAAAUUGCCGAAAAAUACCGGUGGUGCCAGGGAGUGUUUGUGCUUCUACCUCAACUAGGUCUUGGUAUCGGAUAUUUUCUGAAGGACAUGGUUUGGCCCAAAUACCGUUCUUCGCAGAGGAAACGCUUGUCUCCCACAUCAGUAUCGCCCGAGUGA